AUGGCGGACGGGCGCGAGCAGGACGAGCAGGGCGCGGGUGGGCGCGCGAUGCCGGGGCUGUUCCGGGUGGAGACGCCGACACGGGGUGCGGCGGCGGACGGGGAGGAGCGGCGGGCGGUACGGCCGCAGCUGACGGUGCAGACAAGCGGGCUGGGCGGACAGCACAAGACCGCGAGCAGUCUGAGCGUGCGGAGCCACCUGCGGGAACUAUGGGAGCGGCGCAGCCGGCGGGGCAGCGCGAGCCCGGUGCCCGGGACGGCGUCCGGGACACGCAGCUUCGACGUGAGCCCGGUGCGGCAGAGCAUGGAGCCGCCGCGGUCUGCGCGGGUGAUCUCGAUGAUCGAGGACAACGAGGUGGAUGAUUUUCUUAACUUGCAGGGCGAGUUCAUAGCGGCGAUGGAGGAGGAGCACGACCACACGUGGCUUCCGAAGUUGUCGCGGGUGCGGACGGCGGAGGGCGGGUCGCGGCCGGUGAGCACUGCGAGCGAGAACGACGAGCUCGCGUACUCGAGCGGGUACCUCUCGCCGGCCGUGGCGCACGGCGAGCCGCACUUCGAGGAGAUCGAGCUUGUGGAGAUGGCGGGGCACGCGGGCAAGGAUGGGGACGCGGCGAAGACCGAUCACCUGCAGGUACCGGGGCUGGCCAAGGGCGAGGGCCGGCCGCGGCUGUCGGACGGCUCGCGCAAGAGCACGGGCACGGCGGAAUGCGAGGUGACGGUCGAGCAGGAGCCGCUGCGCCUUUACGGGAAUUCGAUGGGGUUCAUAUCGCCGGACAACCGGGUGCGACUGAGGCUUGCCCGGUGGUUGAUGCACUACCGAUACUCUAUGCUCUCGCAGGCUCUCUUGAUUCUCUACACCGUGUGUCUCUCCUACAGACAGUACAACAAGCAGGCAAGCGGCACGAUGGGGAACUACGCGAACUGGUCGGACUCGGCCUUCAUUCUCUGCAAUUGUCUGUUCACCGCCGAGAUGUUCGCCAAGAUCAUUGCGUUUGGCUUUUGGGACGACUCGCAGAUGUUCCGCGAGCACAACCAGGACUACAUGACGUUCUGGCAGUACUUUGGCAUUGGGAAGUACUACAGGCGGUUGGAAUCCAAGUACGGACACGAAUUCAUGCGUAAGGUCGUGCCCUUUAGGGCGAUCUCGCAGGACGCCGAGAGAGCGCGGAAGAAACUGAGCUCGAUCUCCUACACGAGCUCGUUCGAGAAGCGCGAAAUCACGAUGCCGAGGGCUUUUGCCCGGAAUAGCUGGAACCGCAUGGAUCUGAUAUCGACCGUGUGCUAUUGGAUCGGGCUCGUCCUAUCUUUCAACAAUUUCGACCUGAAGAACGGCAUCCGCAUUUUCAAGACCUUGGCGACGCUAAGAAUAUUGAGGUUGACCGACACCGACACCGGCCUAUCGUCCAUUUUGAAGAGUAUCAAGUACGGGUUACCGCAGUUGAUCAAUGUGGGGUUCAUGUUGUUGUACUUUUGGGUGUUUUUUGCCAUCCUUGGAGUGCAGAGCUUUCAGGGCUCUCUACGCAGACAAUGCGUUUGGAUCGAUCCAAAUGAUCCAUCAAACACCUACAACUAUGACAUGCAGUUCUGCGGUGGCCACUAUGAUGCCGAAAGUGGCCGACCGAUGCCGUAUAUAUUUGCCGAUGGGACUCCGGGACCUGCAGCUAAGGGGUUCAUAUGCCCUCGGUAUUCAAGGUGCAUUUCUGAUGCGAAUCCCUACCAUGGCAGGAUCAGCUUUGACAAUAUCAUUUCAUCCAUGGAGUUAAUUUUCAUUAUAAUGAGCGCGAACACUUUCACAGACCUCAUGUAUUACACCAUGGACACAGACGCUAUGGCUGCUUCCUUAUUUUUUAUCAUAUCGACUCUUUUCUUGACCGUGUGGAUGAUGAAUCUAUUGGUCGCGGUGCUAUACUCUUCUUUUGAAAUAGCCAAUGAACUCCUGUAUCAAAAACAAAAAGAAUCAAAGUCCAUGCAGAACCUUAUAGUGAGAAAAAUCCUGCAGAUAUGCAAUAACAUUAAGCAGAAGGCCGGACAGUCCAGCCUCCCGUUGAUAUUCAAGAAGGUGAUAAAAGUAUACGAAAAACUUGAAUUCAUCUUUGUGCUUCUAAUAUUUGUCGACCUACUUAUCCAUGGCGCUGUUCGAGCGUAUGACGACAACAACAUGAUACUCGCCUACAAAUUUGAGCGAAUUCUCAGUUUUGUACUUAUGAUUGAAACUUUGAUACGACUUUUCCUAUAUGCUCCAGCGUUUUGGAAGUUCCUGGCAAAACCUACUUACGUAUAUGAUCUGAUUGUUGCCAUUAUUUCGAUAAUUAUAACACAACCAUUGGUUCACGAUAAAUUGGGGCGUACUUAUUAUUGGCUCAGUAUCUUCCAGAUAUCAAGAUUCUACCGCGUUGUACUCGCGUUCAAAAUAACCCGAAAUCUAUGGAAGCGCGUAUUAGGAAAUGCGCUUAUGAUAUGGAAUUUGUCUGGGUUCUACUUCCUAUUUUUAUUCCUAGCAUCGCUCAUCAUUUCCGUCUACUUCGAAGGAACUGUGGCGCUGGAUCGGAUGGCAGAGGAGCCUUUUGCAAUGUACUCCUUGCCAAAUACAUUUCUCUCCCUUUUCAUUAUCGGAUCUACGGAGGAUUGGACUAGCAUCUUAUAUCUUCUCCAGGAAGAAUCCCCAAAUACAAUAUAUGCAUUUUUCGGUGCUGGAUUCAUCAUGUUAUGGUUCGUACUUGCUAACUCGGUGGUGCUAAAUAUUUUCAUCGCUGUUAUUUCUCAGAGCUUACGAGUUGAGGAGGCCGACAAGAGAAAGUUACAAAUCAGACAUUACUUGAAGCAUGUGUAUCCUGAGAGGAUCAAACAGUAUACCAACGCAACUUUAAUUUCAAGGAUUAAGAAAAAACUUCUGGGACGUAAGGUGGAGGAGACAACUAGAGAUUUCCGCCAGUUUAUGUUCCGCGGUACUGCAAUCUUAGCGAUAUCACAAAAUUACGAAGAAUUACAGCGAAUUCCAAAAGAAACAGGGAAUACUGCGUGGAUUCAACAAUAUUUGGUCAAUAUGUCCAUGUACUUCAUGAAAAAGUUCAGGGUGAUCGAGUAUUUCCAAGCUAAUCCAUUUUUUAAAAAGCCAGUCGUUGUCUUUGCAGAGACAAACGAGCUGAGUGAGACCAAUAAAAAAUAUUCUCUUCAGUUGAAUGAGUGGGAGGAAGAAAAGUUGCAGUUCCUCAGAACGCAUUCUACAUUCAAUAAUAGUUUCUUCAUUUUACCGCCUAACAAUGCAUUGAGGAAAUUUUGUCAGACCAUUGUACCACCGAGUGUGGGCAAGCGUACCGACGGCAAGCAAUUCUACGAAGAUACAACCGAUAUCUACCGGGGAAACAAGUACUUUUAUCAUAUCAAGAGAGACACCUUUGUUGCCAUAACAUUUGUUGCCACCAUCUUAAUGGUUAUGUUUUCAUGCUACGUUACACCUUUAUAUCGUAUGCGGUAUGAGACAGGCAGCUGGUCGUGGCUGAACGUAUGUGAGUGCACGUUUGUUGCCUUAUUUACCCUUGAGUUUCUCAUAAAGACCAUUGCAGAUGGUUUUUUAUACUCCCCGAAUGCUUAUAUCAUGAAUCCAUGGAACUGUAUCGAUUUGGUUGUUUUAAUUUCCAUGUGGAUUGAUCUGCUGUCUUGGUUACAGAGCAGUAGUAACUUGCCCAGACUUUUCAGAGGGUUAGAUGCACUGAGGGCGUUGAGGUUUCUAACCAUCAGUCAUACAGCUAGAUCUACAUUUAAACAAGUGUUUUUUGAUGGUAUAACAAAGAUUGCUGGUGCCUGUCUUAUUGCUCUAAGUUUGUUAUUUCCUUUCACCGUAUGGGGGUUAUCGCUAUUCAGGGGAAUGCUUGGAGUGUGCAAUGAUGGCGAUGCGGGAAUGAGCCAAUGUUACAAUGAGUUUAGCUCAACUGUCGGGAACUGGGAAGUUCUCAUGCCUCGGGUAUACCACUCCCCUGUGCUCAAUAUGGACAAUUUCCCCAGCGCAUUUAGGACCUUGUAUGAAAUCGUCUCUUUAGAGGGAUGGGUCGACUUGUUAGUGGAUUUGGUGAGUACCCAGGGUGUGGGAAUGACUCGUUCGCCAUUUGCAUCAACAGAAAAUGGGAUUUUCCUCGUUCUGUUCAACUUUUUGAGUAUGGUCUUCAUAUUGACUCUCUUUGUGUCGUUUAUUAUCAGUAACCAUGCCAAAACUACCGGUAGUGCGUUUUUAACCGUGGAGGAGAAGUCCUGGUUAGAGGUGAAGAAACUGCUUUCUCGAGUAAAGCCGGAAGCAACACCCGAUCCUUUUGAAAUGAGCAAAGCUAGAAGGUUCUGUCACAAAUUAGCAGUUGAAAUGGAUUACUUUUGGUAUGCUGCAUUCUUACAAGUUAUGAUGUUCCUUCACAUCUUAACUCUCAUGUUGCGGUCAUAUCACGAGUCAGCAGCUCUUAAAGGGUAUGCGUCCUUGAUGUUUAUUUUAACUGGAAGCAUAUUUCUCUGCCAAGAGAUACUGUAUAUUUACGGCAAGGGCUUUAAGCUAGUGCGCACUAACGGGUGGGAUGUCUUCAGGUUUUUGGUCUUGUUGCUCUACUUUCUCCUCAACAUCACGUACAAUUAUUACCGUGGCGACAAUGGGCUUUCGAAUAUACAUGCCGCCUUCCAACUAAUUGUAUUCACGUUUGUUAUUCCUCAUAAUGACAUUUUGAGUGAGCUGGUUAAUACUGCAGUGGCAAGCUUACCCUCCAUCCUUUCUUUAACCUACACAUGGGGCAUCCUUUUCCUUGUGUAUGCCAUUGCAAUGAACCAAAUCUUUGGAUUGACCCGUCUUGGAACUAACACCACAGGUAAUCUAAAUUUCCGGACUGUAGCCAAGAGCUUAAUUGUCUUAUUCAGAUGUAGCUUUGGUGAAAGCUGGAACUAUAUCAUGCAUGAUAUAACGGUCAGUCAACCGUUUUGUUUUAUUGACCCACAGACUGGGUAUACGGACUGUGGAUCCAAACCGUACGCAUACUUUCUCAUGAUGUCAUGGAAUGUUCUUUCUAUGUAUAUCUUUUUGAACAUGUUCAUCUCGUUAGUGAUUGAAAACUUCAGCUACGUGUAUCAUCGCGGAGACAAGAAAGAUGUUGCGAGAAGAGACGAACUACGAAAAUUUAAAAAGGCAUGGAAUAAGUUUGACCAAGAUGGGACGGGAGAGCUUGAGUUCUCUCUCCUACCGAAAUUAAUGCAUUCUUUCGACGGUGCCGUCUCUUUCAAGAUCUGGGAAGGUCGUUUAUCAAUUAAAAACUUGGUUGCCAAUUACAUGCAGGUCAACCCAGCUGAUCCCUAUGAUGUUGAUGUGGAUCUUGUAGGCCUCAAUCUCGAGCUAAACACGAUAGACGUGGCUAAAAUUAUACAAAGACGGCUAAACUAUCGGCGGUUUGUGCGCGAGGUACAUAUGACGAACGCCUACUAUGGCUGCAUUAAGUUCUCCAAUAUCCUCCAACAGAUUCCUCUCUACACAGAGUAUAAUCCGCGUGAGUGCCUAGGAAUCGACGAAUAUGUCAAAUGGUUGUACACAAUCAGUAAAGUAGACAAAUUUUUGGAGAACGAGCGUAACGUCGAUGCGUUGGAGAUGGUCGUGACGCGCUGGAAGUAUGUCAUGAGCAAACGGAAGUCGCCAUCGCGGCCGCGUACGCCCAUUCCACCACCUCCAAGAAUGCAUGUGGCGAUAAUGCGCACCCCAUCCGAGAGCCCAGCUCAGCGGUCAAUUGACAAUAACGUUCAAUUGGAGGACCAUUUUAUCUGGUCUCCCAGUGAGCAACAUUCAAACCCAUUUGAGGACCGUGAGAGCACGCCUGCCGACAAUACGCAGCGAGACUUGAUACGACCUCCCAAGUAUCCCGAACUAGACCAGUAA